AUGCAAACUAAGAACGUUCUGGCGCUUCUUGCCCUCACAGCUUCUGUUCUUUCUGCGCCCGUACCAUCUUCUAAAUUCUCAAGUCUUGGCUCAGCCUUCGGUAACUUGAACUGGAAUGGCGAGGGCAAUUCCGUUGGCAAUGGAAAUAAGGGCAAUGGAAAUGAGAACGGUGAUGGAUCAGGAUCGAAUGAUGGAAAUGGAAAUGUUUUCGGGAACGGAAAUGCCAUUGGUAGUGGAAACUCCGGUAUCGACAUCUUGAAGCGUGGUGAUGGCUCAAAUGUCUUGGGCAGCGCUUUCGGAAACUUGAAUUCUAACGGUGGGCACAAUGCUGCUGGAAAUGGCAAUGCCCAUAAUGGUAACGGUAAUGGUGAUGGAUCAGGAUCAUGGGAUGGAAAUGGCAAUGAAUUUGGCAACGGGAAUGCUAUUGGAAGUGAUAACUCGGGGAUAAGCAUCUUAAAGCGUGGUGAUGGCUCAAAUGUCUUGGGCAGUGCCCUGAGCAACUUGAAUGGUAAUGGUAAUGGUAAUUCUGCCGGAAACGAGAACUGGGGCAAUGGAAACGGCAAUGGAGAUGACAGCGGAAGUUCAGAUGGCAACGGCAACAUUUUUGGAAACAAGAAUUCUAUCGGGUCAGGAAACUCAGGAUUCAGUAUCCUCAAUAAGAUGCGUCGCCAAUCCGACGCGGCCGAUGUAAUUCCAGAUCAAACAGCCACCGGACUUCAAAAAGAUGUCACCGAUGUCUUCACGAGCUUUCUCCCAACGGGUGUGCCAGGAAUUGUCAAAGGUGCAGCCACCGGUACCGAGUCAGAUUUCGGAAAAGAACAAAACAAAAAACGCCAAUUGGUGUUGACUGGCCUAGGUGACGUUGUCGCGCAGGAUGUUGCUUCCUAUAUUCCCUAAAUGGAAUUUUGGGGGUUAGAUGAAGCAGCAUGUUGCAUAUUGUAUGAUAUGUAUAUUAUCUUGUCUUUCAGCGACGAAGUUGUACGAUGUACGAUAUAUGAUAUAUGAGGGUUUGAUAAUUGUUGUAGGAUAAUUCCUGUAUAUAAUUAGGUUUCCAAAUGUUUAU